GCCUGAAUAAAAACCAAACAACCCUCCACACCCUGCAGUCUGAGGGGAAGUUCCUCCGCAUUCCUACCACACACACACACACAUACACACACACACACACACCUACAAAUACAUACAUACACACAGAUCUCCUCAGAGAGGCAGCUGGGAGGAACCUGAGGCUGGGAGUUUGGAGGGGGCCCUGCUGUAGGACCAGAGACCAGAACCUCAUCCUCAACGCCGGGCCAGUCUCAACAUGAGUAAGGCAGGUGGUGAUGAAAGUGGAGCUGGUGACCACCACGACUCCCCCAAGGAGCCGGAGGUUAAGACCGGCGGAGAAAAGUCGGUGAACAAGCUGAGCGCCGCCGUCACUUCUGGACCUGGCUGGACCAAGGUGAGCUGCCCCUGCUGCGUGUCGGAGCGGGUGGAGCCGCUGGUCCUGGUGAAGCUCGGGGAGAAGGUCAGCCCCGAGACCAAGCGGUGGAUCAUCAGACUGAUACAGGCGCCUCAGAAAGAUGGAGGUGCUGCACUACUGGCCCACCCGGGCGAGGACGCCAGUGGGGACAUCAUCGUGGUCUCGGCCCCGCGCUGCACGCUGCUACGAGCCACAGAGGAGCUGGGCCUUUGCAAGAAGUACCGCAGCGGAGACAUGGAGGCGUUCUCCUACCACGACAAGGACAACUUUAAAGACUCAGACAACAUGGAGGUGUUUCUGACGCUGGCGGAGCGACAGUUCAUCGUGAAGUACGAGCUGGACGGUCUUCGGGCGCUGAGGGACGUGAGGAUUCCCGGCCUCCCCGACACCUACACUCUGCACAACCGGGACAACAUCUGGCAGAAGCUUGGUUCAGCUCGAGUGAUCGUGGACACGUUUCCUCUCCACAACCCGGAGAAGCUGAAGAGUCUCAGUGAAGCCUGGUACUCUGGGAAUCAGCUGGCUCAGCCGCUCGAUUCAGUCAACGAGUAUUUCGGAAGCUCGAUCGCUUUCUACUUCAGCUUCCUCGAUUUCUACACCUGGUCUCUGCUCCCACCGGCCUUACUGGGCCUGUUCAUCAUGUACUUCUCAGGCGGGGCUCAGAAGGAGAUGGUGGCGUCGGUCUCAUCCUCAGCGGCCUCCGGCCUCCAGGACGACUCAGAACCGGCGGUCAGCGGCCACAUGCUGCAGGCCGUGUUCAGCAUGCUGUGGUCCACCGUGGUCAUGGAGCUGUGGAAACGCCGGAGCGCCUCGCUGUCGUACCGAUGGGGGACCCUGCACCUCGCCGAGCGCUUCGCGGAGCCCAGGCCCGGUUUCCACGGUGACCUCGGCGUCAACCCCGUGACGGGACGCGUGGAGCCGCUCUUCCCUGAGUGGCAGAGGGACCUGCGCAUGGCGCUGGUGUCCGUUCCGGUGGUGGGGAUGUUUAUGGGGCUGGUGGUGAUGGGGAUGGUGUGUUUCUACUGGGCGGAGGCUCAGGUGCAGCAGCUGCACAAAGACUGGGACUCCGUGCUGUCCCAGACUCUGCUCUACGUGCCCUCGGUGCUUCACAUCGUCUACUCAAACGUGCUGGCGACCGGUUACAAGACGGUGGCGCAGUCUCUGACGGAGUAUGAGAACCACAGAGAACAGUCGGCCUUCGACAACCAUCUGACGGCUAAAGUCCUCGUGUUCACCUUCUUCAACUACUUCCUGGUGCUCUUCCACAUCGCCUUCUUCAAGCAGGACGUUCCUUUGCUUCGUAAGCGUCUGGCCUCUUUGCUGAUCGUGACCCAGCUGGUGAACCAGGUGACCGAGGUGGUCAUACCUUUCCUGGUGGACCGGUUCAUCAGCGCCCCCCACAGGGCGGAGAGCGAGGACGACCCGCAGGAGGACAAAUUUAGAAACCAAAGCACCCUGCCUCCUUUUCCUGGUUUGUUUGCAGAAUACAUCGAGCUCCUGGUGCAGUUUGGGUAUUUGAGCCUCUUCUCCUGCGUUUAUCCCCUGACGGCCGUGCUGCUGCUCAUCAACAACCUGACUGAGAUCCGGUCGGACGCCUACAAGAUUUGCAAGCUCUUCCGCAAGCCCUUCUCCCCACCUGUGGCCAACAUGGGCGUCUGGCAGGUCGCCUUCGAGGUCCUGAGCUUCGUCUCCGUGGUGUCCAACUGCUGGCUGCUGCUGCUGUCGCCGCAGUUACAGGAGCUGUGUCGGGAGGGCGGCCUGAGCAGCAACAACGUUCUGCUGCUGGCGGUCCUGGUGGAGCACAUCCUGAUCUUAAUCAAACUCGUCAUGGCGGUUCUGAUCCCAGAUGAACCCGACUGGAUCAGGAAGAAGAAAGAGCACAUCGAGUACAUGUCGAUGCAAGCCCUGAGGCAGCAGAAGCUUCAGUCUGAAGAGUCCUAGUUUUGUUUCAAAUGCAGCGAUCCAAACCUGAAAAGAACCUCCAUCGUGUAAAGGGUUUGAGCUGCUCUGUCACUAUGGUGCACCUGCAACUGCAUAUUAUUUUGUAUUUAAACUGCAAAUCCACAUGAAGCAGCAGCUUCAGCUAAAGAAAAGUGUUUAUCGGCCCUUUAAAGUGACUGUUUUUUUGUCAGUGCUGCCACCUAGUGGUAUGUUUGAUAAUUUAUAUAUAUAUAUAUAUAUUUUGUAUAUGUAUAUGUGAUUUUCGUCACUGUUUUGGUUUUUCAGAUAUCAUUAGCUAUUAUCACAUGAACAUUUAUGAUCCCGACAACCUCCUUUAGUGAAGAAAAGGAGAAGAUGAAUGUGCAAAAGUUCCAAAUCUUAUCUUAAAGGUGUAGUUUAGUGUCUUUAAAGUGUGGGUAAAUGUGUUAGUUGAACUUACGGCUGGUUUUGGGCUUCUGUAGCUAUGGCAACCAGGCAGACCCAAGCCUCAUAGCUCGAUGUAAACCUCCCCAGAAAUUUAACAACGCACCGUGACGAUGCAGACCGCAAGACCUGUGAUCGGUCUGCUUGGUAGUAGCCUGUUUACUGCUUUCGUAUUUCCAGCCGCUUGUCCAUCUCCGCAGUUUUCUAUUUGAUUGUUUUGGAUCAAUGAAGAUGGAACACAUCGAGCGAAAGUUAACUGAGGAAGUUUUGUCUCACACUAGUGUAGGUUACAUACCUAGGUUACUUUAAAUAAGCCUGUCGUCUGCAGUAGGUGGUAGUUUGGAGAAGCAGGCGCUGACACAAACACUAAAAAAAAAAUUAAAAAAGCAUCCUCAGAAAUAAACCACUCUCCCUUUAAUGCUGUAUUUUUUAGCUUAUUAGAGCGCCACCAAGUGGCAAGAAAUCACUGAAGCUUUAAUAUCUUCAAAUCCUGAAUUCUGUUAAAGUAAACUAAUAAUUUUAUUUAUGAAAUUAUGAGUUUUUCCUCCUAUGAUGAGAUUGUAGUGGGAGAUGAAUUUAGUAAGCUUUGGGUCAAGAACUGCUGUGUGCUUAGUUGUGAAAAUAUUUUUUUAUUAUAAGUGGGUUUUAUUUUUUUACACGCUUAAUACUGCAAUAAUACGCCUUAUAAGUCUGACCGUGUUCACGAGUGUUUACUGAUUUAACUUUGAAUUAAUGUGCACAAGGAGAAGCCACCAGAGGAAAUCCACUGUAUCUCUCACUCUUGACCUGUGGCCUCUUCUUCUUCUAUUUAUUUUAGGAGGUAGCAGUGUUUCCGGCCACCAGGUGGCAGCACAUGCUUUUACAUUUAUAUCCAACAUGCAGCUUUGUUUCUGCUGGAGGACUGAUGCAGCAAAGGGGCAGGUGAUAAGAGAGAUUUACUCAGAAGUGGCUGCAGCUUCACAUGUGCACUCCUGACACUAAUCAUAGAGCUGAAUGUUCGUGAGGUAGAGAGUGUGUGUGAUGUGUUCAAGGACAUCCGGUACGAGUCCACAAUGUUUGACAGUUACCUUAUAAUAAAGUCACAAAAGUGAAAAGUUUGUUGGUCGUUCUUUGGAGGUGAAGAGAAUUAACAUUUGUAGUCUGGUGCAGAAUUUAGUGGCAAAAAAAAUAGAAGCAAAACAGGUUCAGAUUUUACUUUUGUUUUUGUUUUUUAUUUCUGCUGUUUAUAUAUAAUAUUAAAAAUUUAAGCUCCUCGUUUCA